AUGUCAUCAAUACUUCAUGUACUUACUGGGCAUGGUGAACAUUCAGAAAAGAAAUCAAAUCCUCCUGUUACUCAUACAGCAACAUUUGAAGAUAUUAAGGUUCAAUCAGUUGUUAGUAGUCAAACACAAACAAAAACUGUUGCGGCAAAUUCACAGGCUAAAAUAAAUGCAUUAAUGUCAAAAUUAGGUUCAACACAUUCACAAAUUGAUGAAUAUGCUCGACAUCGUACUGAUGAAAUAUCGGAAGCUGUUAAAUCUAGUAUAGAUAAAAUCGUUCAUUCAGCACAAGCUCAACAACAACAAUUACUUGAUGAUGCUGUAAAAGAAACGAAUAAAAUUGAAGAUGAAUUUAAAGAUAAACUUAUGUUAUUUAUUAAUGAACUUGAUCAAGAGAAAGCAACAAAAUUAGUUGAACUUGAAAAAGAUUUAAAUGUUCAUCAAGAAAAAAUUCUUGAAGCAGCUCGUAAACGUAUCGAUGCAGUUCAUGAAGAAGCUAAUCGAUUAAAAAUGAAUAUUUUGAAAGAAGCUCAAGCUAAAACAAAUUCAAAAAUUGAAGAAAUUACUGAAAAAGUCGCACAACUUGGAGCUGAAGAUGCAAGUCGUCGUUUAGCAAGUACAACAACAACUGUUAUAACAACACAAGCACAAGCAGAAGGUCAUCCAACAAAACAUCAUUGA